ACUCGAUUCCUAACCCCUUUCUCCACUGUAGUCCCCGCAGUCCCAGACUCAGCUCCUAUAUAGUUUCAACUGAAUGGUUUUUUGUUUCACAAUUUCGCUGCUCUUAUAUCGUUUAUAUCCAUUUGCAUCGUCAUGGGCUUUCACAGCAAUCGAAGAAAGAGAAGUAAAUCAAUGAGUCUGGGGAAAAGAAGUCCUAAAGAAAUUUUAAAAAAUUUAUGCGACGACACAAGUGAAGAUGGUUGUAAUAAAAACGAUUCUUCUGAUUCGCCACAAUCAAAAAAUUUGGAUAUUUCGCCAAGAAAAUUAAACGUUAAUAGUAAAAAUUCUUGGGAAAAUUGGAAAAGUCCUUUUACUUCCGAUGUCAGUAGUUGCAGCAGUGGCAGCAGUUACGUAAAUUUACAAAAAUUACCAGAUAAUAAACAAAAAACAAUUACAAACAAUAAACGUAAACUUUUUACUUCGUUGAAUGAAAAUAUGGAUUUAAUUCCAUUGGAGAUGGAUUACAACGAUAAAAAUCAAGAGCAAGCAAUGGAAAAAUUCAAGGAGAAAUUUUCCAUUCAUUGUAAGGAAGUAAAAAAAUCAUUUAUGAAAAUUUUACCAAAAAUUGAUCUUUGCGAGGAGAAAUGUCUCAAUUUAACUAAUUUAAAUCAAAAUGAUGCUCUCGAAAUAACAAAAAGUCUACAAACAAUUCUCAAGGAUAUUGAAACUGAAAUUUGCGAAUAUUACAAGAAAACUGAUAAACUCCAACAAUCGUGGUCGAGAAAUUACAGUUCUCAUUUAAAGUCAAUGAAAAAAUUUAAAAGUCAGGAAGAAAUUAGCGAAACUGAAACAAUGUCAUUCAACGAGAAAAUUAUAGAAAAACGUCAGUUCAAAAGAAUUACGAACGCAGCAAAUAAUUCAGAAAGUGACAGCGAUGAAGAGGAAAACACAAGAAAGAGGAGUUACAAAAGAUCGAAAACUUCCCAAACAAGAGAAACAAUCGAAUCAAACACCGAACAGAGUGAAAAAAUAAAUGGAACAUUAUCGAAAGAUAAUUUUUCUUCAACUUUGGUAUUUGGAAUUUUUGAAGAACACCUGGAUACAAAUUCUGUUCAAGGAAAAAUAAUCGAUAAAGAAAAUUUUUCUUCAGAGGAAAAAAAUUCCCCAGUGAAUGGAAUGAAAUUGAGUAGUAAUUCCGAUAUUCAAAGAUUAAGGGAAAAUAAUUGUUCCCUAAAAAUGAAAGUCAAUUUAACUCGAAUUGAUUUUGAACAAGAGAGAAGAUUAAAAAAAAUUAGUUCAAUCACUCAAGAUUUUGAUAAAAAUCACAAAAAUACUGUAGAAAUUGAGACAUCACCAGAACAACAGGAUAAAAGAGAUAAAUUUCAAAAAUUGAAGGAACAAAGACUAAAGGGAUUAAUAAAUGUUAAUAAAUUCUUUGAAUCGAACGGUGGUUCAAAAAUGGAAAUCAAUUCAACUAAAGAAAAAGAAGAGAAAACAAUUUCCAAAGGGAAGAAAAACUUGGAAAAUUCUAAUUCUUCGAUCGGAAUUGAUUUGAAGAAGAAGAAAAAUAAUUCCGAUUUCCUAGAAUCGAAACUUAAAAAGUUAUUGAAACUUUCUAAAAAAUCGGAUAAUGGUGGAAAUGAAAAACUUCGAAUGAUAUCUUAUGUGAAAUUAGAAAUACUCGAUGAAAAAAUGCUUCCUACUUCCGUUUUUGUUAAUGGCAAAUAACCAUCGAAAUUUGAGAUCUUUAAUUUGUCAAUAUUCAAGACUGGAUUUUCUCGAUGACUU